AUGGCGCGACAGACUCGCGACCACAAGCAAGGCAUAGACGCAGCGACGUUAUCGCCUGUGAAAGGGAAGUCGGAGCUCCAGGUGCUCCUGCCUGUACUACACGCGUACUUGCCCAAACAGCUCCAAUCGUACCUGCUUUUAUCGGCACGGGAAGCCACUCCUUACUCACAAGAGCCGCUAAGUCUAAAGAGCCUGGUCAAAGCAUGUGCAGACCACCAGUACACAACUGAAAUCAUAUCUCUCGAUCCCCUCUUGAUCUACAUCAACAACUUCACCUCAGCGCGAGAGGCAGAGCAGCUUAUCAGCCUCGGCUCUUCUGGAUUCGCCGAAUCCUUCAUCAGCCGCUCACGAGGCAACACGCAGCGUGUAACAGGGCGAACUUCUCAAUCCGCGCCGCUCCCAGUGGGAGAUCCGCUGGUCGAAUGCCUUCUCAAUCGCGCACGAACGUUCAUGGGCUCCAUGCUACUCUCCUCCGAGCCCUUUAGUAUUCCGCAACUGGUGCGCUACUUCCCUGGCCAGAAGUACAACCUGCAUACGGACUUUUGGCCUGAGCACCAAAUCACCACUCUCGAAAAUGGAAGGCGGGUUUACUACAACCGCGUCGCGUCCUUCUUCGUCUUUCUGCGUGAUAAUUGCACGGAUGGGUAUACGGCUUUCCCUCUAGUCGAGCCUUCUUCGUCUACCGAUUUAGAAGGUCUCUAUAGCGGCAAAGUAGCUCACGGAGAGAUGGAUGGAGAAGCUAAAGGCAUCAAAUUCAAACCAAUCCAAGGGAAUGCAGUGUUCUGGGUUAAUCUGGACAAGCAUGGCAAGGGCGAUAGGAGAGUGGUGCAUGCUGGGUUGCCGGUAGGCGAAGGUGAGAAGAUUGGGCUGAAUAUCUGGCCUAGAAAAUACUUUGGGUACUUAGACGGUGAUGGUGGGGAUGAGGCAGAGACGGCGCAGGCGGCACGGCAGGGAUGGAGCGGGAAAUGGAAGGACUAG